GAGACCCAGCGGCACCGGAGCUACCGAGAGGACGGUAGCAUGAUAGUCGUGGAGGGGACUCGGCAGGUAGAGGGCCCGUGUCUGCUUUUCACUGCGCCUACACCGAGUUCACUGAGUCGGUAGCCGCCAGCGUCCCGACAUGGGGAAGGAGGUAAAUGGUGUUUCCCGGAGCCGGUUUGAGAUGUUCACAAACAGUGACGAGGCAGUCAUCAAUAAGAAGCUGCCCAAGGAGCUGUUGCUGCGAAUCUUCUCCUUUCUGGAUGUGGUGACACUCUGUCGCUGUGCCCAGGUCUCACGGUCCUUGAACGUUCUGGCCUUGGACGGCAGCAACUGGCAACGGAUUGACCUCUUUGACUUUCAGAGGGACAUUGAGGGCCGAGUGGUGGAGAAUAUCUCAAAGCGAUGUGGGGGGUUUCUCAGAAAGCUGAGCCUGCGGGGGUGCCUGGGUGUGGGUGACAGUGCCCUGAGGACUUUCUCACAGAACUGCAGGAACAUUGAGCUUCUCAGUCUGAAUGGCUGCACCAAGAUCACUGACAGCACGUGUAACAGCCUCAGUAAGUUCUGCCCUAAGCUGAAGCACCUGGACCUUGCCUCCUGUACCUCAAUCACCAACCUGUCAUUGAAAGCUCUCAGUGAGGGUUGUCCCCUGCUGGAGCAGCUCAACAUCUCUUGGUGUGAUCAGGUCACCAAGGAUGGCAUCCAGGCCCUGGUGCGCUCCUGCCCUGGGCUCAAGGGCCUUUUCCUCAAAGGAUGCACACAGCUAGAAGACGAGGCUCUGAAGCACAUUGGGGCUCACUGUCCCGAGCUGGUCACGCUCAACCUGCAGACGUGUUCGCAGAUCACAGGAGGACCUCCUGAGCAUCAUCCCCAGAGGCCUGUUCCGAGACCAGCCAGGGCGGACCGAGGUUAUCACCCAUGA